CAUAAGAAGUCUGGGGAGGAAUUAAAACAAAGCACAGAGAGGCAGGGACGGAAGAGAACAGGUAGAGUCAGUAAGAAGAACUUUUCAAUCUUACUUCACAGCUAAUUAUCACCUCUUCACUUUGGUGCAAAGAAGUAAACAGAAAGUAAGAGAGAAAAGCAGAAAGCAACACACAAACAGAAAGGGCAGCUGAAGGCAGCGGAGAAAAAAGCAGAAGUAGCAAGAAGAAGGAAGGAGGGAGCAGUUAAAAAGUCGUGUUCAGGAGAUUAAUUGAGGAAAAAGAAAGAAAAAAGGAGCGGCAAGGAGGAAAAGUAAGAAACUGCAGAAACUCAUUGACAGAGAGGACUGGACUUAACUCCAUGGACUACUGACAUCAGCACAACAAAGGAAGAAGAGCGUCAGAAAAGAGGUCACUCUGGUGCAGCGGCAGUUAGCUUUCCUGGGUGCACCUACUAUGCAGCUGAGAUAGACAGACCUCAAGCACAGACACUUCUCAGUUCAUAAAGACAAACUCAGCACCAUGUUGAUGAAAGAGUACCGCGUAUGUAUGCCACUGACUGUGGAUGAGUAUAGGAUUGGGCAGCUGUACAUGAUCAGUAAGCACAGCUGUGAACAGAGUGGUGGAGGAGAAGGGGUGGAGGUGGUGAGGAAUGAGUCAGAUAUUCACCCUCAGCACGGCCCAGGACAGAUGACCGAGAAGCGAAUCUACCUCAGCAGUAAACUGCCAUCCUGGGCAAAAGCGUUCGUCCCGCGAUUUUUCUAUGUGACAGAAAAGGCCUGGAACUUCUACCCAUACACCAUCACAGGUGCUUGUGUAUCAUUUCUCCCAAAGUUCAGCAUCCGUAUUGAGACGAGAUUUGAAAACAACAACGGUGAUAACAACAAUGUGUUUGGGGACACACCAACCCCAGCAGAGCAUGUGAGUUUACUGGAUAUCCUGAAUGACCCCAUUCCUGAAAAGCACUACAAAGAGUCAGAGGACCUGAGUCGCUGGCAGUCAAGUAAAACUGGCCGAGGGCCUCUGGAGAAAGACUGGAGAGACGACCACAAGCCCAUUAUGUGCUCCUACAAGCGGGUGCAAUGCAGCUUUGAGGUCUACGGCUUUCAGACCAGGACAGAGGAGUUCAUACACAGAAACAUCCGAGACAUUCUUCUGGUUGGCCACAGGCAAGCAGUCGCAUGGAUAGAUGAGUGGCACGGGCUGAGUUUGGAUGAGGUGAGAGAGUAUGAGCGGAAGAUGCAAGAGACGACCAACAGCAAAGUCAAAUCAAGCCAGAACAACACAGGCACACCGGCUGCCUCUCGUCCUGUGUUUUCUCGCUCCAUCUCAGUGACAGACGAGCGUUCCCUGAAGAAGAUGGGAGUGACGACUGCGUCCAUGUCUGACCCUUCAGACUCCUCUGUGCCACACAGUCCAAUCCGACUCAACUCCACUCCUGAAUGAUGCAUCUCACACACACGCACGCACACACACACGCACAAACAAACACACACACACACACACACAUCUACUGUACUGUGCAUACACAGAGAAACCCAAGUUAACAUUCAUCAGAGCUGUGUGAUGUUAUUUCUCAAACACAACCACAUGUUGAACAUAAUCACAUUAUAGAGGUUACUUGUUCUCCCCAUUGUACAACAUACACAUUAAUACUGCACAAACACAAUGUGCCUACUCAAAGACAAUUUCUACUGUCCACAGUGUCUUCAGCAACCUUUAAAUGCAGUGUAUUUCAGUUUACUCUCCAUUCCUCAGCUGUGGUGAAGCUCACCGACCACCAGCAGGGCUCUACGAUUGUUUCCCAGCCCCUGGCCAGAAGCCUACAGACAGAUGCAUAAGCAGUUUAAUAGAGUGGAUCUAAUGAGAGAGCUGAGAAGAAGUGGGGGGAGGGCUGUCAAUGCUAUGGAUCUGCUCCCCUCUCCAACUCAGCCAAUAGGUCAGACCAGGUGUAUUGACAGAGGGCAGUGAGGCGUUGUAUUGGUUCCUUGAUCACUUAGCUGAGAGUUGCAAAUGGGUCAAGCCAGGGCUAAACUUCAAUUAUGAGUCAAUGAUCUGACCAUUUAUAAGACUAUUAGCUUAUUUUUUUAAUGUACAUUUAGAGGAGAAUGGGUUCUCAUCAUCAGGGAUCAAUGAUUGCAUCAUUUGACUCAUUUGAUGCAUAUAAUGCAGAAAUAAUAGUUUACUGUUGCCUUAUUUGUAAUAUUCAGUAUGACAAUGAAUCAAGUGGAAGAUUUAUGAG